UCAGUGCUCAUCAAUGCCAUCUGCCAGUGCCCAUCAGUGCCACCUAUCAGUGCCAGUCAGUGCCACCUAUCAAUGCCAGUCAGUGCCACCUAUCAGUGUGCAUCAGUGCCACCUAUCAGUGUCUGUCAGUGCUGCCUGUCAGUGCCGCCUAACAGUGCCAGUCAGUGCCACCUAACAGUGCCAGUCAGUGCUGCCUGUCAGUGCUAGUCAGUGCCGCCUAUCAUUGCCAUAUAUGAUUGCUGCUUUUCAGUGCCCAUCAGUGUUGCCUUUCAAUGCCCAUCAGUG